GAGUUCGUGAUUCGACAGGAUCAACCCUGUGGCAGCACAAUCGGCCCAAUUCUCGCGCACCAACUGGGUGUGCCGACCGCGGAUGUUGGUGGCGCUCAGUUGGCGAUGCACUCCUGUCGUGAGAUGGCUGACACCACUAGUGUCACCCAUGCUAUCACUCUGUACACCUGCUACUUCGAGCAGCUGGCCAACAUUCUGCAGACUAUGUCCUUCAAGUAA